GCCCAAAUUUUAAUUUUGAGGACUUCCUUAAUGCUCCUUACAUUUUUCAAACAAAGGUAUGCACAUAUAAUACAAAGGUAUGCGUUAUAUCAAAACAAACAUUGCAUUGAUGUAACACUAACUAAAUUUGGCCAGAAGACAUACUUUUAGUUACAAUGGCUGGAACGUGUAAAGAGAACAGCCAUGUUUUUUCAGAGUGUGGCUAAAACCAACACAUACGCUGUGAUGCAAAUUUAGUACAAAGGAUAGAUUAAUUUUAAUAAUGUUGCAACCAUACCAUGUGACGAGCUUAAGUUAUUUCUAUAGCGUAAAUUUUAUUUGAUGAACUGAUAAUUGAGUCAUGUACAACUGUUCUAAUCGAGACAUGUAUGUAAAGUACUUAGCCAAAGUCUAGAUAUGAUCUGAUUGUAAGUGACCCAUAUAUUUAUGGGUAUUUCCGAUAUGUUAUAAAGUUAUAAGUGAUAAUCAACAAGCCAGUCCAUAAAUAUAAACUGUAUAAGCUCUAAGUAUUUCGUUUUGUUAAUGAAUUCUUUAUUUUAAAACAGGUUUUAUGAUUUAAAUAUUAUAUAAUAAAGAAAAUACGUUUUUUUUAAAAAAGUAUAAUUAUGUUGUCGAUGAGUCACACGCUAUUUUUUUAACAUGUAGACCUAAUUGAGUAAUACUGGAUACAAAGGAAUACUUUAGACAAAAAAAACAGAAGAAUGUUAAGGAUUAUCUUGCAUAAAAUAGGUCGUCCCCCACAACUUCUACCAUUCAUAGAGUCAUUUCAUAAAAACACACACAGCCCAGUGACCUACAAUUGCGAGAUCGCACGUUAUUUUUUUUUUUUUAAAGUUGGUCAAAAACAUUUGGGUUUCAACUGUGAACGUGAUCUGUCAUGUUUCCAAUAAAUUCAAUUCGUUCCCUCGGUUCUGCACCAAAAGGUUGGGUAUGUGGUAAAUCUUUAUAUGUGUUUACUUCAAGAGGAAAACCAUGACUAAAUGCUGCAUGGGGCAAAAGCUAAACAAAGCGUCCACAAACGCCUUUACCUUUUAUAUAAUGUUGUUAAUACACACAAAAGCCAUCGCCACACCCGUUACCGACACAAACUUCGCCACCCAGGUGUCAGUACGUCAAGCGAUAUUCAGCACUGUUACACACGACAUUCGUUACUACAUCUCUUCCAUUCAUCUGAACCAUUGGUCAUAAAAUAGGUGACAUUGAAACGCCGUGGAAUGCCCUAUACGCCGGCUUCCCUUGAUAAUGUUAAGUUAAUGUGCAUACCGUGGCAGCCCGGCACAGCACACACGCAGUUGCACAUUUGUCAAAACAAGUUUUGUUUUCUUUUGUGUUAGGAAAGUUAAUAUAGAUUGCGUUCCGUUGUCUACCCUUUAGAAGCGAAGUAAGCGCUUUAAAGGGAACAUUCAGUUGUGUAGCGAGAAAAACCUUGAUAAAAGUGCCAACAACUUUUCAGGGAACAGUAAUCUCAGCGCCUUAGAACUUAUGAUAUAUUUUUUACGCCAAAAUCAGUUAUUUAGUUAUCAGGGACCAGGCAAAAGCUUUACUCUAAAAAAAAUAUAUAUAUUGAGCGAAAAAAUCUGGGUCCGCCCUCGUAGCACUAACCUUAGAUACGCUACUGGCUUACCCAAUUACCCUUUUAAAAAGUUUUUCGCAACCCUUAACACGUCAAGCCUACUACUUCGAUCUCUUCUGAAAAUCACAAAAGUGGCAGUAAAUUUUAGCCACACAUAAUUAUGUACAUGGUAGUAUGUGUUCAACUUCAUCAUGAAUGUAAAAAAACAUCGCGAUUAAAUUGCUAUUCUCUGUAUUAAAUCGCAAAGAAUUGAACAUUGAUAUUAUUCUGUUAUUUUCCCAAAACAUAUUUUAAAGGAACAAAUUACAAAAUUAUUACUUGGAUUUAUAAGCAACUGAACAUAUUUAAAAUUAUUUUUAAAAAACAGCAACAUUAUUAUCACGCCAUCAAACAUACGAACACAACUUUAGCAUUAGCUUUAAUUAGAAAAUUUGAGUGUUAUACUUCAAAGGAAUGAAAUAAAUCGAUUAAUUGUGUUGAUAAUUUAUUGUUAACUAAAUUAAAUUUAUAAAAAGUGAAUCAGAAAUACAAACGUAUAGAUAUUUAUUUAAAAAAGUGUGUUUGUAAUAAAAUAUAUUUUAAUAUGUUUAUUUUUUUUAAAAAUCAUAUUUUGUUUUUGAAAAAAAAAUAUACCUGUACGGUAGUGAAAAGAAUUGAAAAAAAAAACAGUGCAAAAAUAAUUUAACAAUGUUAUUUAUUUGAAGUAAGUAAGGCAGUUUUGAAUAUAAUUUUUAAAAUGCAGAUCUUAUAAAAGCAUAAUUGUACGUUGAUUGCAAUCUUCUUUUAAAGUAUUUAUUUUUCAUUGAAAUUAAAGACACCUUAUAUGACAUGGGAUUUAAAAAAAAAAAUUAAACACUUUCAAUUAAAUACUUACAAAACUGUUACAAAACAAAAUGCAUUAAUUGAAACAUAAAUUCAUCUUUGAAUCAAAACGCCUGCAGGUGCAAUGAGCUUCAUAAAGAGUCAUUAUAUUGAUUAAGUUAUCUCUUUGCAUUCUCUAUCGUUCACGCUACCCCCUUUCUUUGACUCUUCAUUAAUUCGAGAGUUAAGAGUGUAGACUAUCAAUUCUUCUUACAAGUAAAGAAUUAAAUACUAAUAGAGCACAUGUUUCAAACAAGUUUCCCUAGUCGUGAUCCCAAAUUUUUACGAAACUUAAUAAAGAGAUGCUAUAAAAAAAAUGGCUUUGGAAUAGAAAACCUUUGAAAUUUUUUUUUUCGAAAUUUAUUUUAAAAUAUAAUAGCCUCGGUUCAUUCACAAAAUUUCAAUAUGUUUCUUUUUUUUUCUUUAAUUAAAGAAACACAGAUCAUCCACAUGAGAUAAAAAUAAGAAUAGUAUUAUGAUAUUAUUAGAACUCUAAGGUUUGUCCAAAUUAAAUUAUUUUUUAAAUAUUUUUUUGUAAUACACUGCCAUCGACCCCACCAACGAAACAACUCUGCGACACCAUUUGAGUUUACAAACUUAAACUUUACACAUCAGUAUAAUUACUUUCGAAAUAUUUUUUUUAUUAGGUUACCCAUUUUCAUAUGUGAAGACAUAUACAAGAAAGAAAUGCCCCAAGAACAGCAUACAGUUUACAGAUAAAAACAUUAUAAACAAUCGACAAACGAUAAUAGGAGGUUGUUUUUUUUACUUUAAAUAUUAAAAUCCUCAUAAUGACUUACUCCAAAUCGUUGCUACAUCAUAUUACACUCGUAUUUGAUUUUCAUACUAGAAUGAAGAUAAUAGCUUUUUUUUUUCAAGACCAUCUCACAGAUUGAAGGGAUCUCCGCGUAACAAUAAUAAUUCUUUAUUUUUGGAUACCUCAAUAUUUUAGUGUCUACUUUUUAAUUUGAAGACUAAAUAUUGACUACAAUGAAUAACCACAAGGAAAUAGAAAAUAUUCAGAAAAUAAUUGCGGAUCAAUUGAGAAUUCCUGUCCUUUUUAACUGGCAUCAAGCAAUCCGUUGAAAUAGUUGAACAUAUCCAAGAUCGUCGCUUACUUUUAUUUUCAUUCAACAUAUUUAUUGUAUGUGUCAUCACUGCAAUUAUGUGAUGCAAAAUUGAGAAUGUUUCAACGAAACCGGAUUCCCAUUUCUUCCUAAGCAAGUUAUGAAGUAAACCAAGUUAACAUUUUAUAGUCUCACCCUCUCUCCCUCUACUUACCUACGUAACUACUUAACUACCUACCUAGCUUCCUACCUACCUACUACCUAACUACUACCUUACUACCUACACACCCAUCAAUCCAUUCAACCACCCACCUCCCCACCCAUGUCCCACUCAUCUAUUCACCCACUUAGGCUACUUGUUUUUCUAUAGUUGGUGUUAAAAAUGUGUGUUGAGUAUUUUGAAAAAGUAAAACGAAUGUUAAAAAUUAUUAUACAAGCUCGCAUCUAAAAUUUUAAAAAGUGCAACAUGUCUUUAUGGUAUUCUUGGUUAAGCCUACCUUCCUUUUCAUACAAGCAGUACAGGGCUACACAAAUGAUUGCCAAAAACCAAACUUCGACCAGCAGCUUCAGACAUGUCUUUCAUUUUGCUAAAGUCGAUUCAGUCCGAUGCUUGCUUAAAAUAAGAUACGAUUAAGAUGCAUAUUCAUCAUUUUCGUCUCCAAGCUUAGAUGUGUUUAACAUUUCACAGUAAUGUUAAUUUUUUUAAAUUAAAAUUUAAAUAUACUUUAAAAAAAAAAAAAAAAAAAAAAAAAAAAUACAUAAUUAAGCCAACCAUCCUAAUCAAACAAACAGAACAGGGCUACACAAAUGAUUGCCAAAAACCAAACUUCGACCAGCAGCUUCAGACAUGUCUUUCAUUUUGCUAAAGUAGAUUCAGUCCGAUGCUUGCUUAAAAUAAGAUACGAUUAAGAUGCAUAUACAUCAUUUUCGUAUCCAAGCUUAGAUGGGUUUAACAUUUCACAGUAAUAUAAAUUUUUUUAAAUUAAAAUUUAAAAAUAAUUUAAAAAAAAAAAAAAAAAAAAAAAGCAAUUUACAACAUGAAAAUAAAUAAUACAAUAUGUUCAAUAAACGUGUAACAGGAUUUUAAACGUUUUCUUAACCAAUUGCAUUUUUUUUCUAUCUUCAAAUAUAAUUGUCACAAAGUUCUCGAUGUGAAUGAAGACAUUUAGAAACACAGAUAUCCCUUUCAUAACAACACGGUAUUGGUAUAUUGUUAAAAGGAUUAAAUAUCAAUAAGUGGGAAAUAACCCUAUAUAAAAUAUCAAAUCCAUUUCCAAUUAAAUGUUAUCAUAAAGUUUUAUUAUAGUCUUUUUUUUUUUGGCCAUUUAUUAAUAGCUCUACAUUUUGGUUGAUUCUUUAUGCUCUGCAUCUUUAAGCAUGUUUGAGUCUAAAAAAUUUUCCUACGGAAAUGCGGUUAAGUAGCUAGUAAAUAUUUUACAAAAUUGAUAGUUAAAUUAAAAGCAAAAUAACUAAAAAAUAUAUAAUUUCUUUUCAUUUGAAUUUCUGUUAGGGAAAAAAAAUAUUGUAAUCUUAAGAAAGACGUUUCUAAUCACAUAUAAUAUUCAGCUUAUAAAAUAUAGGUCCACUUUUCCAACCCCCAAAAAUUGUGGCUUGAAAAAUAAGUACUAAGGAAAAAAAUGAAAAUUGUCUAUAUAAAUCAACCAUUAAUGACAAAAUUGAUUUCGAACUGUUCAUAUCGAUAACUCAUUGUGUGAGUGAAUGCGUGCAUGUAUACAUACGCGUGUAAGCACGUGCAAUCGCAUGCGUGAUUCUUUGUCAUGUGUAUUCAGUAAAUAGAGUGAAGCUUAAAUUGUGCGAAAGCAAAUAGUACGAAGCAAUGGUGUUCGCACUGUAGUUAGUUUAUAUUUAAAUGGAACCAUUUUCGAAUUGAAAUAACGGGUAAAAAGAGAAACUCGUUUUAACUUUUAAGUUAACGUUACUAUUUUCAUCAUUUCUCACUCGCAUCGUCCUAUAAUACAUUUUUAAAAUAUAAGGAUUUAACAAAUUUUAAUUCAAACAAUCAUCGUUAAAAAACACACAAAAAGAACACGUCUCUUUGAACUACGGUAAUUUUCGUUUAAUCAAAACUCCUUUCCACUUAUUGGUUUCCUACAAAUUAGUUUUGCACUCACUCCCGGUUUACCAUUGUUAUUUCGAUUAUCAAUAGUAACACGUGAAACAAAUAUAUGUAUGCUACACUGCCGGAGGGAUGUGUAAAUUUAAAAAAAAAAAAAAAAAAACUGCCAGCAAGAACAUCCCUUAUAAAUGGGGAAAUUUCCUCCCCUGGUUGAUUUAUAUACUGGACGAUUCUUUUCAACAUUUUCUAAUAAAGAUGUUUAAAAAAAAGAUGUUUAAAAUAAAAAAAACAAACUAUACAAAAUAAAAAUUGGCCGUAAAAUUAAGAAAGUUUUGAAAAAAAAAAAAAAAAAAAAGAAAUAUUGGAAUCUUAAAAAUAGAAUGUUUAAAACGUAAAAAAGAAACUGCAACAUUUAAGUGUGGUAUCGUCGAUAACACAAUUUUCUUUUAGAAUAAAAUUUCAAUAAACUGUGUUGGGAUAUACGUAUUCCGCAAAUUUAACAAGUCUGAAAAAAAUUGGCAGUCUUAUUGUAUGAAUCAUCUCCAAUGAAAUUACAUAAACGUAUAAUCUGGUACAGAAAUCAUGUUUAGACAGACUUGAUGUAAGUUUUUUAAAUUUCAAAAUCUUAACUCAAUGAAAUCUUAACUGAAAAACAAAUAAAUGAACUAAGCAAGCCAAAAAAUGUUAAAAAAACAACAAUAAUAAUGCUUUAGAGUGUGAGUGGCCAUCCCAAAAGGCUUUAAUAGCCAGUAAACCGUAUGCGUACUGCAUGUCUUUUCACCUUUAAAAAAAAAACCCAAACAAACAAACUAAACACCCACUAAAUGGACUGUAGAAAUAUUUAUCUUUUCUUAAUGCACAUGAUACAUUUCUAAAUAAAACGAAAAGCUAAAUGACAAAAAUAAAUCUAUUGUGCUAUCAUUUUAUUUUUCCUGUCACAUAUCUUUUUGAAAUUUAAUUUUUUUUUGUCAUUAAUUUAAUUUGUGAUGUCUCAGGCGUCCAUGGUUAACAAUGUUAGACACGGCGAGUCGUAUGCUGGCCACGGUGUUGGCCGUUUCUGUUUUAAAGGAUUGGUUUUGGUGUUAUAAAUAAUCAGUUUCUUUUUGUAUUAAAACAUGUGUAGGGUUCAAGGGAAAAACCAAUGAUGUCAGUUUUUCAAAAUUUCUAUGUUAUCUCCCUUGUGGCUACAUUCCAUUUAAUAGAAUAAUAUUAUACAUAGAUCCAACUGAAAAAGCUGCUUAGUCAAUAAAUAAAUACGUAGACAUCUUGAUAUUUUCAUACUUUUAUGAGGAAUUUUCAAACUUUAAAUUCAAUUUUCUCAAAACUCUCAAAACCUGACAUCACUUGUUUUUCCCUUGAGCCCUUCAUGUGUAUUUAGGGUGUUAACGUUAGUCAGUAAUGGGUGAAAGAAAUGAUUAUGACAUUUAUCAAUUCUGUGGUUGUCCAUGCCGUACUUUCAUUUUCAAAAUAAGACUUCAGCGGUGAAGUCAUUAAAUGAAUCGUGCAUAUAUGAACUAUGCUAAAACUGCUAAUUCGAGCCAAUAUGCUACAUUAGGUGUCUUUGAGACUGACACAUGCACAUUCAAUUAUAAACAUAAGGAGAUGAAAUGCCUUUCAAACGCUGUUUUAGCCACACAUUGUCCUUUGAAUAGUUCUUAUAUUACUUUUAGCAAUCGAGUUUUAUUAAUACCUAUUAUUUUAUUAAAACCGUUUAAAAUCAUAAUAUAAAAUGUGUGCGCCUUAAAACAAUGGUGAAUUUAAAUGCAUUUCUUUUUAAAACAACAUGAAGUAAGAAAAUAUAACCAAAUGUACGUUAUUACUUUGAUAUGACAUACUUAAUCAUUUAAAAUUAUUAUGAUGUAUACAUUAUAUCAAAGGAAUUUGUUUUGCCAAGUUCACUAAAAUGCAGCAAUACCACAGAAAUAAAAAAAUAACACAAAAAAAAAAAAAAAAUAACACAAAAAAAAAAAAAAACAACCUUUACGGCUAUAAAAAUUGUUUCAAUUAAAGUAAAUGUUAAUAUUUCAUUCUAAAGUAUUAUUAUUUUUUUUUUGCAGAAGCUGUGAAAGGACAGGAUGUGUUGGCUGGGUAAAAUCAAGAUACUGGUCAUAUUAAUAAUACUGAACAGUAAGUCACUGAUUUAAAAAAAAAAUGUUAUUAGAUUAGAUAAGAUUGUUUUAUUAAUCCCAACAAGUGGGAAUGUUUUUGAUUAAAUAGUACACAUACAUUUUCACUACACAAAAAAUACAUAUUUUAAUUAAGUAACAUUUUAACAUUUUCCAAAUUAAAAAAAAAAUAAUAAACACAAUGAUACAUGUCCAUACAUAAGAAUUUUUGGGUACAGAAACAUACACAAAAUAGAUAAAGUGAAAGUGGUGAUUGUACUCUCAAUGACAUUAAAUUUUAACAAUGCAAAAUUAUGAAUAUGUAGAAGCCUCCUGUCCUUUAUUUUUAAAUACAAAAAAAAAUAUAAUUGUGCACAUUUGUAAAUGUUUCUCUUUUCAUUGUUUAAAAAAAAGUAAGUAACUUCAACGUCUUGCACGUGUAAAAUUUAUUGAGCAUUUCUACAAUUGUAUACGUUUCAUUUUUUAAAAACUAUUUCAAAUAUAACGCUGUGCAAUGAUUGCUUAGCUAGGCUAACUAAUAUAGUUCUUAAAAUUAAAUGUCGGAUAUCUGUAAAAAACGUAAUUCUUCAUCGUAAACGGUUAACAGCACCUGAAUAUAAUGAUGACUAAUUUUGAACUACUGAUCCAACGUGAGGUAAAUUCAACAUUUCGAGGCAUCAGGUAAUCAGCGGUGACCAAUAGAAUGCCAGAGCUACUUUUUAAGUACCUACACAAAACAAGGAUUAAUGCGAUAUAUUAGAACGGAAAAAAUCCAAGCAUGAAAAAAUAGGUUUUGAUAAAAAUCCAAGAACCAAGAACCCUAUGCAAUAAUUGCAAUUUCUUGUGAUGUAUUUUAUUUCAUAAUAUUUUUCGAAUGAAAAUAGCUCCAUGAAAAAAUUGAUACGAUCUGAUAAUAAUUGUCACAUAUUUUAUCAUUUAAAAUUCAUUAUUUAGAAAUUGGAGUUUUAGCGAAUUAUGUUUUAGCAGAAAAAUAGCUUACGUGGAUUUGUUAUAUACUCAAAUCAUAUUAACUUUAUAAUUUAAAGAAAGAAAAGAAAAGGAAAAUAAUUAAAAUACAAACUAGUUUGAUGAAAUAAUUCACAUGGAGUGUCAGGCCAAAAACAAUAAGUAUGCAAUUUAUGACUAAAUAUUAAUAAUUAGAUUUGUUAAAAAACUUAAAUGUUUAACAGUUUUACAUUAUACAUGUAAAAAUAGUUUCCCCUCAUUUACUAUAAAUAUUAAAUAGAUAAUUAUAUACCUCAUAAUAAUUUGUUUUCAACUUACUACUUGGAUGAAAUUGUAUAAAUGAUAUUUCUUGUGGUGAAACUGCUCAAUGUGAAUUAGUACCAAUGGAAGAAGUUGGAAAUUCUGUAUUAUGGUUUCAUACUUCAGAUCUCUCUUAAUGAUGAAGUACUAUUUAAAAAAACAACAAACAAAAACAAACAAACAAUCCAAUCGAAACAUUAUAAAGUCCAAUCAAAUUAAGGUAUUUUCAAGAUAUUUUAAGAUCAAACGAACAGUAUUUUUUAAAAAGUUUUAUGAGUUAUGUGUAUGUGUAAGUUGACAUUGCAAUACAUUGAUAUGCAUCAACAGAGUUCUCUUGUGGCCAAGAAAUACAAAUGUUUGCGAUAAGACAAGAAGACUGCAACACUAAAUGUACUUCUGGUUUAAUAAGCAACGUUGACAAGAUUUUCUUUAAUACGACGGUGAAGUUGAAAAAAGAUUUACAGAAGAACUCGAUUGUGAGAUUUGAGAUUAUGCCAAAGACUAGUAUGGAAUUUAAACUCGUAAGUUUUUUUAUUGUAUAUAUACAUAAAUAACAUAUUACGUGGGUUAAGAGACUAUUAUAUUUUCAAUAUUAUCUAAGUUGAUUAAAUUUAGUUAAAAUAUGACCUAUUAAAAUCAAUACAAUACAAUUAUGAAUGGAUUUUUUUUGUCCGAACAAAUUCGUUUUAAAAUAUUUAAGCUAAGCAAAUACAAUAAGCAGACUUAUUUUGUUAAGUUUUAAGUAUUAUAAUGAGUCCAUGAUUUAUUCCACAGUUAUUUUCUGUAGACAUCAAUUCCGAAUGUACAGAAAAUAAAAAGACUGAUAACUAUUACCACUGUUCAAAAAUUUCUGAGGACGCAUAUAACAUUUCAAUAUAUUCACAAGUACUCCCACUAUUUACCGAGGCCUCUAUUCGUGGUGUCAUAAAACAUUACAAUCAAACUGAAAUGGCAGGUGAUGAAAUAAAAUUACCUAAAAUAGUAGGUAAGUAAUUUUUGUUGUUGUUGUAAUUUGAUAAUAUUGUUUUUACUUUACAACAGAUACAAUAUGUUUAAAAAAAAAAUAAGAUUAAAAAUUAUAGAAUUACCAAAGUUAAUAAAAAAUCGCCUUCACAAUACGUCAGUAUUAAAAGGAAAUUUUAAGUGGCUAAAUUGUCUAUACUUUGAUCAUUUUUCAACUCUGCAAAGUCAUAACUCAAUCAUCUUUUUAAACGGCAAGACAUAAUCCCUAGUUAAAUUCUGCAUUGCCAGAUUUUAGAAUUACUUCGUACACAGGAUUUGAAAUUUUAAAAUAAUGAAUCAGAAACUUGCAUGACUAAAAGGCUAUGGCUCAGGUUGAUUAUCUUGAUAUGUAAAAGUAAUUUACCAUUCACUCACUCGCUUAUCACGAGACGUCAGUAGCAACUAGCACUUUUAAGAAGAUUUUGUCCAUGAAGAUACCUCUUUAUCUCUAGAUUUACAUUUACAACUAUUUGUGUUGUUUUUGUUUUUUUUAAAUCGGCUUUAAACAUGCCUAAAAUCCUCACAUAUGUUAAAGCAAUGGUUUAUUUCGUUGUUUUUUUUUUGCUUUGAUUUCACGUUUUAUAUAUUUGACACCGUAUUUGAAUGCAUGCUAUAUAUUUUUUUUUAAAUUGUUGGCACCAAACAAUACACUUUUAAGAUCUUAAAUUAUGUUCAUUAAAGUAAAUUUCGAUAUACGAUAUACAAAGUUGUAUCAUCUACUAACGGCUGACCAUUAUGCAGAAUUUGACGAGAUAAUAUGUAUCUAUUUUUUAUCAAUUUAUUUAUUCAGUAUAUAUAUAUGCUUUGUUCUCUUUUUUCAAUUUACGUAUUUGAUAUUUCUAAAGGUCUGUAUGCUAAAUCAACAAUUAAUAAAGUAUAACACACGUUAAUAAAUUCGCACUAAAUUGAGACAAGCCUUAGGAAGAAAAACGUAAAGCUUUCUUGGUGGGAAAAGGUAAAUAAAAGAUCGGUAUGUGACGUUUUCGCACCGCCGUCUUGGCGCUGGUCAUUUUGGCACACAGAUGGCGCCAAAACGGCGGUGCCAAAAAGUCCUGCUUCGAUAAAAGAUCAAUGACAUUGGUGAAAAAAAAUUUCCGACAUCGUUAUGGUCCCUAAACAAAUCUCAAAGUGGCAGAGCGGUGAGGGAUGUAGUUACGUUAAAGUAGUAGUUCAUUGGUUAAGCACUCUUACAUUUCAAAAACAUUAAAAUCUGUUACAACGGAAUACAAUAUACCAAUUAUUAGGAAUAAAAAGAAAUAACACAAGUGAUAUUUUAAGAAAAACAUUCGAUUUGAUGGCAAUUUCAUGGAACUGGGCUCAGUGACUACUUAUCUGAUGGUUCUAAUUGUAAGAAAAGGCCAACAAAAUAUCUCGACUUCUGGAGCUUCCUUGAGUAUGACAGCAAUUUUUUUUUUACGUUGGAAAUUCAGCUAGGUCUGCAUUUCUACCGCCUCUCAGCUGAAAUCAGUUUGUGCAGCAUUUCUAAAUAAUAUAAUACAAAGCAAAUACUUCGGGCGUGCAGGAUGAUUAUUUAAGAUGUAUACUCCAUGGGCACACAAUGAGGCAUAAAAGCGUUGAGACAACUCUUCAGGACUUUCGCAGAUGCACAUUCUUUAUGGGUGGGAUUAUUUUUCCACUGUUGGUUAACUUCAAGAAAGACACCGCUUAUCUUCGAGAAAAUUGCUGGUGAGGUCAAAGCCUUUCUCAAGUCAUCCCACAUAUUGCCCACACUUAAAUUCUGAUUAGACACGAGGGGUCGUCUCAAAACUAAUAUAAAAUCAGAGGUGUUCUCAAAAGUCUGUAUCCAAAAGGAAUUUUGGGGAUACAUGAUAUAGGAUAUGAAAAUUUAAAUACAGAUGAUGAAAAAGUAUACACUCUAGGUAAUCUCUGUGAAAUUGACACAUAUCUAAAUAUAAUGAAAGAAAAAAUACAGUCAGAUUUGAGAAAUUUACACAUGGAUAAUUAGCUUUGGCUUAGGGAGAGUGAAACUCUUUAAACCGAAAAAAAUAUGGUAUCAACAUAAAUGAUUAUUGUUUUAAAUAACUUCUUACAAAAAUAGUGAGACUUUAGUAUGUUUAUGAAAAUCUAUACAUGAUUUGUCAUAGCAUAACACUAAUUUGAUACUAAUCAGUGAAUAUCAUCUUGCCAGCUACGCAAUGCAAUAUUAUCUUAUAUCUUUAUCGCAGAAAAUAGUUCUUGCAGAUGAUGCAUCAGUAUACACCUGCAUGCCGAAAUCACAAUUAAGGAAUGUUCUGAUUCUGAAUUCUUCUCUUACCGAUUAAUGGGUAUACAUGACCAAGGACACUACAUCUUUUUAUAUUUGUAAUUCCCUCAAACAUCGUAGCGAAUCACAUGUAUUUAGCUAGUUUUGAAUAAAACAUAUUUCAUAGGGUUUUAUUUACCAUAAAUAUUUGGCGGUCUUUUUUAUUUCAGAACCUACAGAUGUCACCGGCAUAUUGACAGUAAAUGGAAAUAACAUUACCGAUGAAGAUGCUUGUAAAUUUAUUAUUGAUAAAGAUGUUUUACGCAUAGAUAUAGAAUAUGUGUGUAUGGGACAGGCAACGCCUUGUCUAAUAGAGAUAUCAUCCAAUGAUUCAACAAACAUAGAUGUUGGGGAAAACCGAGCAGUCUUCAAACGUUUUUUAUAUCAAGAAAUUACGAUCAAUGUCAAAAUAAAGUAUGCACUCUGUCGACUUGACUUGGCAUAUAAACAUAUGGAGUGUAAUGUCACAAAACGUAAGGACCUUACCAAUUCCAUUUGUUGAUACUAUGAUUACCGACAUAUUACUUUAAUAGCUUGAAAUAAUGCAACAUGAAAAUUUAAAGUAUGGGUUAUUGUUUACAAGUAUUGGAAAUAUAAUCCAACAUUCCACUACACAAUAUUUUUAAAAAAAAGUUAAAAUAAAAUAAAUUGAAACAUUUUUAAAAAUAAAUUACAAUUAAAUUCUUUAAAAUCCUUGUAAAAAUAUGUACACACACUUUAAAGUAUGUUAAACUUAAAAACAACAACAUUUGUUUCGAGGAAUGAUUGCAAUUAUUUUGUAGUUCGACUAAUUUACAACCAGCCGAAGAGCUAUUUAAUAUUUAUAAGCUAAUUUUUAAACAUUAAUUUUACAUCUUAAAAACAGGUGGCCAAAGUUAUCAAAGAAUAACCCUGAUUAUAGUUAUAUGCACUGGAAUCCUAACAUUAAUUGUUUUUUUGCUUACCAUUUACAGGUAAGUGAACGUUAUUCACUCAUCUAUUAACUUUACUUGACCGUCUGUCUCCAUUUCUCCCUGCCUGUUAGUCUUUUUAUCUUGUAAUCCAUGCACUCAUUAAUCAAUAUAUUUGUUAAUGAAUACAUUUGUUAACAAACCAAUUCAUUAAUCCCACCAAAUAUUUGCCAAUUUAACCAUUAGCUGUUAAUCAAUAGCUUAAAAUAAAUUUACAAAACUGUUCUGGUAUGUUCCUUUCUACAAGCUGUUAUUCUUUAUUAUAAUUUUACCAUGUUUUCUUUAAUAACUAACACAGGAGAAAUUAAAUUUGAUACAUCCGUUUUGAAUUAAUAAAAUGUUUAUUUUUAUAGCUGUUUUAAAGUGAUCGCAAACCAAAGGAAAUCAGGUUAGUUAAGCACAGUUCAUGUGUAGUCCAUUUUAUGUAUCAUAUUGAAUAUACUCGUCCCCAUACAAAAACUAUGUCAUGCCAUAGUUAAAUUGAGGAUCCGUAUAUUUUAACCUAUUAAUUAUUAAUGUCAAUAAAUGUCAACAGUUUUUUUUUUUUGGUUUUGUAUAUCAAAUAUUUGAGAACAAUUAAUUACAAAUUAGAUUGAAUUUGUAAAAAUAUAUACCAUAAAAAUUAAAGUAAAUCAGCAGAAAUGAAUAAAAAUGUGCAGUUAAAAAAAAAUAUUUCUCUCUCUCUCUCUCUCUCUCUCUCUCUUUCUUCUGUUUACAAAUAUAUAUUCAUUAGCAUGUCAAUAGAUAAUAAAUUUUCUAAUUUCCAUUCUCCAAACCGUCACAUUUUUCAUAACGUGAAAAAAAAAAAGAUUACAAAAAUGUGAUUUAUUCAAAUAAUGUGUGAAGUUAGCUCUACACUGACGCAAUUUUGCAAUGUUAUAUAUGUACACGUAUUCUAGCUUUAUAUUAAACAUAACAAAUAGCAAUAUAAUAUCAACAUUAUUCGAAUAUAUUUUUAAUUUUAAAAAAAAGACAUGUCUGUUACUGUUAACAAUUACUUAAGAAGUUAGUAAUAAAAAUAAAAAAAAAUUGAAAAAAAAAUUAUUUCAACACAAACAGUAACUGAAAAUCUCUUGCAGCUCCAAUAUCGCUAGAGCUUAAGCAUAUGCAAUGUUAAAAAUUGCUGCAAACGUUCAGUGAACUCUUCUGUGUAUCAAUUAUUAUCCGAGCUGAAUUCUUGUUAAUUCAGUCGGCAAUAUACCACAAGGAUUAUUUGGGAGAACACAACUGAUGCUUGCCAUCACUUUUAAUAAUCUAUGCAAACAUUAAGAAAUGGCGUCAGCCGGCAGUCGAGCUUGCGCUCUUGAUGCCCUUCCCAAAACACCCCUCCCCAACCCGGUAUCGGGCCGCGGAGCGGCACGUCGAGGAUGUCCCUUUGGAAGGACAUCCCCAACCCGAGUCUGCUCGACCAGGGUCUCCGCCGGGGGCCGUCCUAACCCAAAGACACCCGGUCGGUCCGACACUGUGUUUGCACACAUUUCACAUGGUUGACUUUCUCAGGAGUCCGGAUGGAAAAAUGUACGUCCUAAUAAUUUCCCCUACCCAUCCCGGGGAAGCGUUAGACGCCCUAUGCUAUAAUAAACAACACUAUUAAGAUAUAUUUCAUUAUGUAAUAAAAUAAAGCAGCCCUUAGUCUUACUUAAAUAGCACGUUAUCCCAAUACAUGAACACUUGAGAACACUUCAGCUCAUUGAGCUACCAGUAAAUAUUACAAUCAUCCCAUUAAACUUGACAUGUUAACUAUAUUACAUACAGUAUAAGCAUUGGUACAACAGUUACCUUACAGAUUAGUAAAUACAAUAUUUUAAUUAAUUACUAUAUUUUAUUUCCAUAGCUUUGAGUGCUAAAGAGUUUGCGGAAAACCCUGACGAAUUGGAUCCUCUAAAUAUGAAAGGUAAUAAGAAUCCUCCAUGUUGGUGUUAA